AGCUGUUAUGUCAAUAUUUUGUUUGUAGUUUUUCUGCUGGUUGAUGUGUUUAUUAAUAUUUGUUUUUGUUAAUUGACAUUUACUCGCUACUAAAAUGGGAACAAGAGCUGCCGCCUUUACUGCAAAAAUUCGGAAUCUUCACGAUUAUCAACUUCGACUUCUGCAUGGAAUUAUGCCUGUGCCAUCUGGUGUAGAUAUUGCCAACACACUGAAAUAUUUUUCUCAGACAUUAUUGACUGUAUUGAAAGAUGUGCCUGACUCACCACUUGAGAUGUUGAAAUGUCAAGAAAAGGAUGGGAUUCGAAUGAGCCUUUAUCCCAAUCUUGAUUAUAGGGGUCUCUUUAAUGCUGUUGUUCAGCUCGUUGAUAUUGCACCACUCAUACAGUUUGGUCUGCAUGCAUUUGGGCAGGCAAUUCUACAGUGUGUGGGCUGUAUUUUACCAUUUUUGGAACAAGAUAUGAUUGAUGCUUUGCCCUAUACAGCAGCUUCAACAAUUGCUGUUCUCCCAUCUACUCUGCAUCAAGAGAUUGUUAAUUCACUAUGCUUUUAUAUACUGCCAUUUACAAUAACAAGAGGAGAUGAUAACAAUGGUGAACAAGAAACAUUUGCUCGCCAGUCUGUUGCUGCAAUAGUUAUGAUGAUCUUCCAGUACUCAGAUAAUCCAGCUCAUCAUUGCCAGUUGUUGGAAUGUUUGAUGGCAACAAAGAAGAAUGUAGUGAAAGAUCUGCUUUGUGUAAUAGCAUAUGGAACUUCAAGUGCUAGGUCAUCAGCAGCAAAACUAUUAUUUUAUUAUUGGCCAACGUUCAACCCUGUCUUGUUUGAUCGAAGAGUUGUUUUGCAGAAAGUUGCAAAUGACUUUGUUCCAUUUGUUUGCCAGCGAGAUAUGUGUCCCAGUGCAGGGAACGCUGAAGCAGCGAAAGUUUGUUUUGAUCAUUGCAUUUCAAUCACGUUUGCCAGUGAUAGUCCUCCACCUUUGUAUCUUUGCAUAGAAUGUGCAAAUGAAAUACACAGGGAACAUCCAAAUCAAAUGUUCUUUGACAUAUUACAUCCAAUGCAACAAGUAUCAAUGACUUGUGAAAACAAGAAUUGCAGAGGUACUGACAAGUAUGCUAUCUCAAUUUGCUUUUCAACUGAAUGUGCAAGCUACAAUGGAAACCACCCUAUAAGAUAUUGUCAACAGUGCCACAGCAUCAGACAUAAUAAUCGCCGAGGAAUGGAUCAUAUUGUGCACAAGAGUUUGCCAUACAUUUGGGAUAUGGAUACCAAAAUGAAAUCCUAUUUGGUGGAAGCAAUAGUCAGUUUGUUGAAAGAAGCAAAACCCUUAAGUGUUGAAGUGAACAGAGAAACUUCAGAUAUCCACACAAAGGCAACAUUGUUAAAUGUUCUGAAUGUAGCAGACAACAUACCAGUUGAAGAGAGGCAAUUACUUGGACGUUAUGGUGUAUGGCUUUUAGUGGGACUUUGCACACCAAAUGAAACAAAACCUGUUGAGAUUCUUGGCAGAUUGCUGGCCAUGUUAUUCCACUGGUUUGAUAUUACUGCAUACUCAUUUGAUGCCAGCAAUCAAAUUGAAAGCACAUUGGAACGCCUCAAAGUGGACUUUGUUUGUGACUGGUUGUCCCAGCUUCGUACAAGUCACUUCAAAAUUUUUGUGUCCUGUCUGUUACCACAUCCAGCAGAUUAUGCAAGAGUUGGUGGUCACUGGGACACGCUUGUGUCACGUACAGCUCAUCUGAAGGAUGGUUUAAAUAGGUUAUUCUGUCUUGUACCAUAUGAAGUUAUUACCAUAGAAAUUUGGGAUUAUAUUAUGCCACACUGGAUGGAAGCUAUGGUAAAUGAUGUCCCAGGAAAAGAACUACCAGAAUUAAAAAUGCUGCUAAGCAAAAUGCUGGAUGCUGAUAUGAGUCCUCUGGGAUUUGAUACUAAGAAAUUAUACCGAUUUGUAUCAGUUAGAUUUAAGAAAACAUCAACUCAGGUUCAAGAGCAAGCAUUGAACUGGCUGCAGGUUCUAACAAUGCUAGAAAUAGUGAUACCUCUGCAUCUUCUGUUCUCAAUGUUUUCUGAUGGAGUAAGGGUCAUGAAGGGAGGAACUAAAGAAGAAUCUGACAAACAGAUGAAAUCAUACAAAAAUGGAGAUACAGGCCGUCACAGUAGCAUUUCUCCAGUUGUGGAAGAUGAGUCUGGAAAUACAUCUGGAUUUUCUGAUGAAGAAUUACCUGCUAUGAGACACAUUCAUUUUGAGACUGAUGCAGAACGAAAUUUGUCGUGCUGUAUUCUGAUGCUAGAUAUCCUCCUUAACCAGCUGGAGCUACAGAAGAUAGAGCGGCAUACAGGAGUGACUGGUGUUCUGUCACAAGAUGUGUGCCAACUGCUGAGAGCAAUGGUUGCUGUUUCAUGGCGUGCUGGUCACACAUGUCGUAUUGAUGAUAAUGAUCAGUGUGUCUUCUGUGAAUCAUGUGUAAUGUGGUACCAACUGGCAUUGGAAUUAGUCAAGCUGUUUGCACCACAACAGCCUGCCCAUCUACCAGAUUUUCCAAUUGACGAGCAGAAUGAAGACUCAAAUCAACAACGCAAGAGUCCCCCAGAAUUAGAGAAAAAGGCAGAGCCAAAACCUGAUGUUGUAAUCAAUAUGCCUAUUCCUGACAUUCCCAGUGUAGGAGGUGUCCUGGUUCAUAUGCCACAUAUAAUGACAGCAACAGUUGAGACUGUUACAGAACAGCUUGACCUGGCACCAAUAAUACCGACUGAGAGGGUAGUGGCUGCUGUAGCCAGAGCUGUUACUCUCACUGAUACAGAUGUUGCCACAGCCACAGUUCAGGUUGCAAAGCCAACAUUGGUUGGAGAAAAUGACGAGCCCAUUGAUACGGGUAAAGAGGAAGAACUAUCAGACUUCUGGCACACAUCUGUAGGGAAAUUUCGUUUUUCUCUUGAAGAACUUCCACAGCAGCUACAGUUUAUACAUCAAUUGUUACAGGAACUUCCAAAUACAGAGGAACCAAAUAUUUUGUAUUAUAUGCUCCAAUGUUUGCACAUUUUGUGCUUGCACGGUGAUGCUUUAACCAAAGCAGCAAAGGACCAGCCAGGUUUCCUCAUAUGGUGCCAAGAAAAUCUUACAAUAAAAAACCUCUGGGACCUCUGCAGUGCUGAACACUCACAUAUAUGUCAAGUAUGUGUACCACUUCUACUUCAUUGUGUUACACUACCUUCUGGAUCUGAUGUUUUCUGGCCAAUAGUUCAAAGGGAAUUCCAAAGUACUGACUGGAGAGUGAGAUUUGUGGCAGUUGAGAGAGUUACAGUUAUAGCUCGCUUCAUGGAUUCAACACCUCUACGAAACAUUCAGCCACUGCAGUCAGCUCUGGCAAAUGCUUUCUGUUACCUUAUUUCCAGUAUGGAUGACGCAAAUGUGGAGGUAGCGCAGAGAGCUACUCUAUACCUUGGAACUCUUCAUGAUACUGCUAUCAAGGCACUUAUUUUCUGCCUGGAAGCACAGUUUGACUCUGUGAUAGUGGACCGUCCUGUUGUACUGCAGUCUUUAUACCAACUUCAUAAUACACUUAGUGACAGAAGAAUCUUAACAUGGGAAUUUUUCUUAAAUCGAUUUGAUGCUUUAUUUUUGGAAGCACAGAUCAAUCUUGAGAAAUCAGGAGACAUUUCUUAUCUUCGAGAUUUAAGAAAUACAGAUUUAAACAGUGAAGCAUUUAUGCGAAAGUUGCACCGUGCUCAUGAAGCUCUUUCACUACAAUGUGAUGGCAGUACUAUGAGUACAAUGAAAACGCUGAGUGCCAGCUUUGGUGCAAAGUGGCCUUAUAAACGUACAAUGUCUGCACCUGCAUCAAUUGUUUCAAGAACAGACAUUAAGCAAGAGAAGGAGAAGGUGUACAACCGCCAGUAUUCAGCACCCAUCCUCAAGCGCAAGAGUUCCCGAUUUGGACUUGGUCAGUUGCUAGAGUCAUUUCCCCCCAGUACAAGAAUGGCAGAUGGUCAUAUUCACUCUUUGGUUGGAACAGAUGAUGGAAAUUUUCUUGGGUUUUUAAAUCGUGUCAUUAAUUUGGAAGAAGCAGAUCAUGAGACAAUGCAUCUUCUAAUUUUUCUUAUGAUGCAGUUUCUAUCCAGAGCAGACCAGGCUUAUCCCAGUGAUGAAAAAAUUGUAGCAAAGACCCAAAACAUUGUUUUGAGGCACUUGUACUUACUGUUGGGAUACAAUCAGAAUGAGAAGGUCUUUCAUAUUCCACCCCAGAGAUUAAGGAUGUCACCAGUAUUUAAUGCAUUUUUGGCAAACUUGCCACAAUUGUUGGACCAAAAUCAACUUAUGGGCUGCUCUCUCCUGCCAACAUGCCUUAUGCUUUUACAGUAUUGUCCUUGUCCUCAUCAUCCAGGAGAAUUCCAAGUUCCAGCAUAUAGCCUAUGGUUUCUGGAGCCCCAUACACGUCGGUCUUGGCUAAUGGCAGUUCUUGUUCUGAUGUACAAGUACCAGUAUAAUCAACCUCCACACAGUGGCCAACUUCAGUCACUUAUCAAAAUUGUGCUGAAUACAUUGGACUCACAACAUCAUCAGUGUCGUCAUAUACCUGCAACUCUAGUUAUGGGAACAUUGCCAUCUCGUUCUGAAGAUCUGAAUCAACCAUCUUUGGGUGGAGACAUAGAUGGAGGUGGACAAGGUGGAUGUGGAUUUAGCAGUGGGAAUGGUGGUCUCAUCAACAUUGGAAGUGGCAACACAGAAAAACUAGAUACACCCCCACUAUCCCCACUCUUUCCAGAAGAAGUGAAUCCUCAUAUUGCAGUCACCCCUAGAGCUGGGAAAAUAACAACACUUCACCAUCAAAGGUCUUUGCCUAACUUUGAAAUACGACACCAUACCAAUUUUCCAAGCAAAUCAUCCAGCUUUGAAAGAAGGAUGCCAGAGUCAAGUUACUCAAUUGAAGCAGAAACAACUGAAUCAGAACUGGCAGCUAUUCCAGAAAGUCCAAAAUCUGAUAGUACACUUCAUGGCAGCAUACAGGGAUCAUCUGAAGAUGAAUGUCUACCAAUGGCUGUGGAAAAUACAACUACUUACCAUCAGAGGAAAGUUAUCACACCAGUAAAUAAUGGAGGCCAAUGUUCUCAGAAUCUUGCAAAUUACAGUGGAAAACAAAAUGUACAUGGGAACUUAAAACCAUUGCUGACAUUCAAUUCAGGAAAUUCUACCCAUCAACAAUCAAAUAAGCCAUUUAAUAAUAGUAACAAUUCUGUUGUUACCAUGUGUAACUCUUCUGCAGUCACAACUCCUGAAUCAUAUAAAGCAUGCAGUCACAAUAGCACAGAAAAUCAGCAGUACAGUUCUAUAACCAGAUCACUUGGAAAGCAAAAAUGCUUGUAUGAACUGACAAACAUAAACAUGCUAGCACAGCAGCUGCCAUGGCAAAUUGAUAUUCCCAAGCAGACAGAACGACUUUUGCCUAUUGGAACAGCACGCCUUGUGCCAAAGAAUGUGACUUCAUCUUUGCAAUCUGAAGAUACGUAUAGCUCUCCUGAGUCACCCUUGUCCAAGAUGGAUGUAAUGACAGUUGGUUCUCCAAUGGAUAUUGACAGUGAAAAUAAUGUGUCAUCAGAAGUAGCAUCAACAUGCAGUGCAUCUCACUUGGAGUUCCCUGUCCCUGAGAGACUACUCCCAGUUGGUCCAAAACAGAAGGACCUUUCAUCACUUGUGGAACAUGUAAAACACGCGUUAAGUAUUGCCUCAGAUUGCCCAAAUACACCAGACUCGAAGUCAACAGAACUUGAAACAUUUGCAAGUACUAUAUAUUUGAGACAAGACAGUUUUGAGAAAUCAGAAACUCAGUGUACUUCACCCACAGCUAAUCGAGAAGAGUCUACACAUGGAGUAAACCUAAGACGUCUUAUCAAACAAGCUGCAGUUGACUCUCCUCCACCACAUAUACAAGGGGAAUUAGAAGACUACCAUUCAUCAUCCCACAGAAUUGUACAAUAUGACAGAAAAACUCAAAUAGUUAAAGCAGAUGAUGAUGUAUUCACACAGAAGCAGUGGUCAGGGAAAAGUGGAACAUUUGCUGCAGGCCAGCGUGUGGCCUCAGAUAAACACCAACAGUCUGGACCCUGGUGUCGCCCUCAGACAUCUGUACUGGAUCCUUUAACACAACAAGCAUGUCAUGCUGAAUUCCACCUGAAACAGAGCUCAUUCAGAACUGGAGAUGAAUGUGUUUAUGAAAGGUGUUCUGAAUGUGGACUGGUGAAGGAGGAAUAUAGUGAUGAAGAAAUGGGCCUUUGCAUCAUUAUUCUGGGAACAUUUAUACACCGUGAACCAGCUCUUGCAGCACCGUUGCUACCAGAGAUACUCAGCAUUGUUUCAAAGAUAGCUCUCAAUGCAACCUACCCAUGGCAGGCUGAGACAAAUAUAUAUUUACCAGGUGGUGCUAUUAGUGUUGCACACCAGUUUCUGAGAUGUGUGCUACACCAGCUUGCACCAAAUGGUGUAUUUGUUCAAAUGUUCCAGACUAAUGUUGAAGAACAUCUGAGAAUGCAGUUCUUCAAGUCUGUAACUCAAGCACUAUUGGACUUCCCUGAACUGAAUGUGCUGGCACCACUGCAGCUUUUGUUAGAGGCAUUAAAUGCUCGCAAGUCUCUUCCCAGUGAAAACCUUGGCACAGUAUUGUGGAAUGUGGCCUGCUACCUGGAUUGCUUGCCUGCAGAAGCAGGUGCAGGACUGUGGGGUGGUCUUUUGAGUCAGCUGGAAUUACUGCUACGCCGGCUGUCACUUGGUCUGUCUGUCCUCCCUGACCCUGCUCCUCUUUUGCGAAUUGCUUCUGCUGCACUCAGAGCUCCAGGAAUUACAACAUGCAAGGGUUUGCUUGAUCCCUUCUCAAAAGUAGUGAGCUUUGCUAUCCAGAAUCAUGCCAUCAAGUAUAACAGCUUAUUUGACUUGUGCUAUCUUUGCAACAGAGCAUUUACAAGGGAGAGAGAGAAGCUCAUUCUCACACGGAUGGUGGUUUUUGAGCUGAUCCAAGCUUUAAAAUUCAAGACUUCCAUUCCAGAUUCAAACAUUAUAAUGCUCAUUAACUUCGUUCUCCAGGAUGCUGGUAGCUCAUUACCAGUGAAUAUGUUGGUGGAACAUUCCUUCCCUGUAGGCCCAGAAGGUGGUCCUGUGUACAACACAAAUGCUUCAGAGUGUAUGAGACAUCACCUUGGAGACUCAUUGGAAUUCUUAGCUGACUUCCAUACACUUAGCAAAGUCAAGAGCUACUGUAAAGGUAUGGCAGCUGGACUGAAUGAAGAUACACUUGGUGGCGUACUGAAGAGUGGAAUUGCACAAUUCCUUGCCUUAGAAAUCACAAGAGGAAACAGCAGAGACAGCAGAGCAGUGUCAAGAUACUUGCCUUGGCUCUACAAUGCACCUUCAGCUCUGCAACAAGGGCCUCGUGAAUUUAUUGAGUGUGUUGGUCACAUACGCUUACUUUCAUGGCUUCUAUUGGGAGCACUGACCCACACUGCACUACAUAGUGGAUCAGUGACAAGUCACACUCCUUGUCAACCAGUACCACAAGAAGCCUCCUGCCACAUUGCUGACCACAUCCAAGUCAUUAUGGCAGGUUUUGCCGAGCAAUCAAAAGCAUCAGUUUUGCAUAUGUCUUCUCUUUUCCAUGCCUUCAUUCUUUGUCAGUUGUGGACUGUAUACUUGGAGCAAAUUGCGUCACAUAACUUGCCAAGUAGUGAAGCUCAUUCAUUGACCAUGAGCAUCUUAUUUGACUUCUGGGGUAAGGUUACGCCAUGUAUACUGCAUCUUGUGGCCCAUUCUAAAGUGUUGGCAGAAAUGGUCAAUUUACAUUUUCUAAGCCUCCUAGAAGCUCUUCUUGAAUGCAACUCUGCUGUUUUGAGUAAACUUCUGCCAAUUUGGAGUCCUGUUCUGUUUGCUUAUCAUAUCCAGCUUCCAGGACAUCUGCAUGUUCGCCUUCAGGGAUGUCGUAACUUUCCACCUGUGGUCACACCAGCAAUGCCACCUCCAGAUGAGACUCAUUCCUUGAGUAACAUAGUCCUUCUGCGAUGGCUUCAGCGGCUUCAGUUUAAGAUGGGACAAAUAGAGUUGCAGUCAUCUGCAGCAACACAGUUCUACUCUGCAUAACAAGGUUCUGCAACAGCUUUACAGCAGACCAUUUUCCAAAAGAUAUUCAGAUCAACUCAGUGAAUCUACUGGAUAACUGCACCUAGUAUUUCAGUUCCACAAAGCAGCCUUUGGCCAAUAGAUACCAUUAAAAGUGGUGUUCAUAAAACACAACAGUUUUGUGAGAGUUUAUAGCAACUGCACAUGAAACAUCAGUUGUAGUGCAUGGGACACUUUUUGUCUUGAGAUUAAUUUAAAAUAUCUUACAAAAUUUACUGUUUGCCAUUACAUCUCAGUAUACACAGUAUUUUAUAAAUGAGAGUCAAAUUUAAAGAACAAAAAGGUAUAAAGUAAAAGUUAAAAUAAGUAUUGAACUAGAUUGUUUAAAAAGCCUUCUCUAGAAAAUAAUACUACUCACACAUUGCUUGUAUGAAAAGAAUGGCUAAGAUUUUUGUGAUCGUGGAUUUAAAAAAUUGUGUUCCAUCCAUCACAUAAAGCUAAAAUAUUAAAUAUUCACAUUGUACUAGCUAUUCAUAUUGUAGUUUUUAUAUAUGAGAAUAAAUCUGUUGUUACACAGAAGGAACAGGGAACCAAUUCAUUACUAGUGCCACUUCUCUCACAAAAAUCUCGUCACUGUCACGACAACAGAAGGGUACACUUGCUUUUUUGUUAUCUUUCCACCCAGAAAUCAAGAUCUUUUCCCAGCCCAGAUGGACUCUUGUGCAUAGAUUCAUUAUUACUAGUAUGUUUCUUUGAUGCUGAAUUGCUUUAUAUGAAAGAAACUAAAAAUGUUCCAUCUCUGAUUCCAUAGCAAGAAUUUGGCUGUCAUAUUAAACAUGCAGUCAGUUAGAUAACUACAGCUGUAGCACCACAACCAGUAAUAACAUUGAUAAUUUUCAUUUUUUGUACUCAUAUGUAUUUAUUUUA